AUGGACCCGCUGCAGUUCGCCUACAGGCCGGGCAUCGGAGUCGAGGACGCCAUCAUCUCCCUCCUCCAUCGCUCGCUGUCCCACCUUGAGAAACCCGGCUCCACAGUCCUCGCACCGUUCAUCUUCACCCUCUACACUGCGGACUUCAGACACAACACGGACGGUUGUGUUCUACAGAAGUUCUCUGACGACUCUGCCAUCAUCGGACUCAGCUCCGAGGACGAUGACACAGAGUACAGAGGAGUUAUACAGGACUUUGUGGACUGGUGUCAGCGGAACCACCUCCUCAUCAACGCGGGGAAGACCAAGGAGAUGAACCACCUCCUCAUCAAUGCGGGGAAGACCAAGGAGAUGAACCACCUCCUCAUCAACGCGGGGAAGACUAAGGAGAUGAACCACCUCCUCAUCAACGCGGGGAAGACUAAGGAGAUGAACCACCUCCUCAUCAACGCGGGGAAGACCAAGGAGAUGAACCACCUCCUCAUCAACGUGAGGAAGACCAAGGAGAUGAACCACCUCCUCAUCAACGUGAGGAAGACCAAGGAGAUGAACCACCUCCUCAUCAACGUGAGGAAGACCAAGGAGAUGAACCACCUCCUCAUCAACGUGAGGAAGACCAAGGAGAUGAACCACCUCCUCAUCAACGCGAGGAAGACCAAGGAGAUGAACCACCUCCUCAUCAACGUGAGAAAGACCAAGGAGAUGAACCACCUCCUCAUCAACGUGAGGAAGACCAAGGAGAUGAACCACCUCCUCAUCAACGCGGGGAAGACCAAGGAGAUGAACCACCUCCUCAUCAACGCGAGGAAGACCAAGGAGAUGAACCACCUCCUCAUCAACGCGGGGAAGACCAAGGAGAUGAACCACCUCCUCAUCAACGCGGGGAAGACCAAGGAGAUGAACCACCUCCUCAUCAACGUGAGGAAGACCAAGGAGAUGAACCACCUCCUCAUCAACGUGAGGAAGACCAAGGAGAUGAACCACCUCCUCAUCAACCCUCUUGUACGGUGUGGUCUGCUGGAGCAGCAGCAUCACAGAGAGGGACAGGAAGAAGCUGGAAGGGGGGGGGGGCGAGGUCCGCGGUGGGCGGUGAGGCGGCGCUGCUCGGGAUCUGUCGACGGGCUGGGUGCGGAGGGGUCCCAGGGGUGGGGACGAGGGGGCAGGGGGGGUGAGGCGAGGUGCGGGGGGGGGGGGGAGGUUUUGGGGGGGUGUGUGACUGAAUGA